UGAAAUUCAAAAAGACAGUUACUGAAAUUCAACUUCUAGUCUUCUCCUCCAACUACUGGCAAAUUAGGGUUUCUGAGUUCGAGAAAAUUCGUAGCAGAGUGUGAAAAUGGAAGGAAGCAAAAGCGAGGCAGUGUUCGAUUCCAUGAAUCUAAAUCCUCAGAUUUUCAUCAACGAAGCAAUCAACUCCGUCGAAGAUUAUGUCGACCAAGCUUUUGACUUCUAUGCCCGUGAUGCAUCCAAAUCUCUCAAAAUCAAAGGAUCUGAUAAACAAAAGUCACAAGCUUUAUCAAAUGGUAUUGCUCGUGUUCGUGGUUUGCUACUAUCUGUAAUCGACAAUCGUUUGAAAUUGUGGGAAAGCUAUUCUCUUCGAUUCUGUUUCGCAGUUCCUGAUGGAUUUGUGUUACCAAAGAGUGAGGAGUCUUCGUCUGUGCAUCAGGAUGGGUUAUAUGAUCUAGAAUUAGAUGCAGAAUUGGAUUCUUUAAGGGAUAAGCUUAAUGUGGUGGGAAAGAGGUCUGUUGAGCUUGACUCUGAGCUCCAGGCUUUAGAAAGAAGCUCGGUUUCGAGGGAACGGUCUUUGAGACUCGUUAAUGAAGCUUUGGAGCUUUAUGAUGAGUCUUCUAUGGAUGAAAUAUUCAAAGAGAUGACGAAAAUGGCAUCGGAACUUCGUGCAAGCGUGGAGAGGCUGAAAACAAGAAGAAUGAAAGCAAGUGAAAGCGCUAAAGUAAAGAGGCUAAAGAACCAUGGCAAAGAGUUUUCAGCAAUGACUUUUGAUGGAAAGCUUGAAGACCUCGAAAAGUUUCAAGCCGAGUUAAGGAAGAUGUGAAAAUUUGUUAACCUUUGCAGCAAAAGAAUUGUGGUUUGUCAAAGAUAAUGCUCUAAACUGACUUUUUUUUGUAAAUGACUAACUUGACUUCUUCUCUUUAUAGACUACGUCGUUUCUGGCUUACCAAACGGUCACUUUCAGAUUAGGAUUCACAAAUGAUUAAAUUAUGAAAUUAUAAACUGAUCUGAUUGUUCUUCUGUAAUGGUGAAACUGAAUCAUGUAUUUCACAUGACAGCUCCAGAUUCAUCGAUUAACAAUUACCAGCUUCAGUACUCAGUUAAUGUUCUCACUGUUUAGAACUGAAUAAUUAGUUUUG